CCAAGCGGGCCACCAUGUUGUGUUUCGAAGCAUUUAUCUACACGUUUGUUACUUUGUUGGAUCGCGUGCUAUAUUCGUGCUUUAAACUAGCGAUUACAGAGUUUACGUGUAGUGAAGCUACUGUGAACAUGGUUUACAAAUGUUGUGUGCCAAGGUGUCGUGGAAAUUACGGAACUGGACCGAAAGUAAUGUUGUUUUCCUUUCCGAAAGAUGCGAAUCUGCGUUGGAAAUGGCUUUCAGCGAUUCAUCGGGACAAUUUCCAACCCACUGAGCACACUAAUGCAUGUAAAAACUAUAUACCUAGUACAAUUAUUAUUAUUUUCUGGUGGAAUAUCUUGCAUUUUGGAUACAUUUGACUAAAAUUGUGAGCAAAAUUUCGCAGUAAAUAGGUCUAGUAUUCGUUUUCAAGUGGCUUUAUUUUGAUUUUGAAAACGAAAUAUAAAUUUGUGCCUCGUGUUACUUUUUAUUCGUGUUUAAAUUUCCCUGCAGUUCGUAUUUUGUUACGUAUUACCGAUACGUUUUAUUCUCUAUUUGUGAGGGGGUGUUCUUUUUCACUCUCGCAUUAGUUAGCAUGAGUGCUAACGAAUGUUGAAACUGCUGUUUUCAUUUUUAAAAAGCGAUCUCUCUGUAUGAAGCAUAUCUGUGUUGUUUUUCUGUGUGUUAGUUUUUCCUGUUAGACAUUCGCCAACCCACGAUCAAAUAAUUAUCUUUCAACCUAACCUAACUUCAGGUUAUGAUGCAGAAUAGGUGUCUUCACAAACAGAUUUCAAUGGCGUUCUGUAUCACUUGAGCCGCCUCAUAACGACAUUCUCGUUAAUAACUCAUCCAGUCCGGUAUUUUAAAUGUUUCAGAUGGUUAAUUGAAAUGACAAGUGCCAUUUAGUUCAUACAGCACAGCUUGGCACGGAAUGUUUAGUUGAUAUCUUCUUAACAUACUUCCAGUUGGAUAGUCAUGACUGUCUUACUGAGGUGUGUCAUUUAUGUUGGCAUCUUUUCAACUUUGUGUUUUGUAUGCGUUUGCUUUGGAGUUGUUGUUCUAUCCAAACAUGAAAUAUUUGCUAGGCAUAUAUCAAGACCCUCAUUCAGUGUUACCUGCAAUGACACAGUUUUAAUAUGUGCUGGCAUAAAAACACCCACAGUGAAAUAGUAUUCUGCAGCUGUUGAUAUCUCUUAUACCAUGACAAUGAAGAAACUGUAAAGUCAAAAUUAAAAAAUAAUUGCUAUGUUAACAUGCAGAAUCCAACAGAUUUCUGAAAUUUGGUGCCACUUAAUCCAUAAUAGGAACUACACUCUUAUAGUUCCAUAAAUAUCAUAGUACUGCUGUAACACAAGAAGUUCACAGGUAUAUUCAUCAUAUACUGAUGCCUGGUGAGGUUUGUGAACUUCACUUCACCGAAUCUGACAUCUGCCGUCAUAUGGAAUGUUAUGAUGAAGUGAAAGGCACAAAGCUUACUGUCGAGCUUUCAAGACCAAGGCUUAGAGAGGGUGCUGUCCCAUCAGUGUUACCAGGCUGCCCAAGCUAUUUGUCUACUCCAUCCACCAGCUCUCGAGAAAGUGCAGAGGAAAGGAGAGCUAGAUUGGACAAUGAACAUCUUCUACAACGCAUUGUUAAAUAAUUACAUUAAGAAAAAGAAUGACACCUUUACUGCUUCUUUUAAGAAACGGAAGCUUAGCACAUUUUAAUUUGUGUACAGUUUACAUGUUAGGACAUUUAUCAGGUGUCACAGGAAAUUUCUGUUAUGUCUCACACAUUCAGUUACACUGUAUUUGAUCCACUGAAAGCAGUAUAGUAACCAAAACAGAGUAUGAUUUGAGGAAGUUAUUUUCUACUUUUGAAGCAUUUCUGCAGUGCCUAGAAAGAGAAACCAUUCCCAGUGAAUGGACCAUUGUUAGGAGAAGUGACUGUGUCCUAUUUCUAUUGCUUACUGUAUUGCCUGCUCCAUCUGCGUCUGUAUCUGUUGUAGUGACAAAUGAUUUGCAGUUGUCUGCCUAUCGAAGUAACACUGAGAUAAGAAAGAUAGGCAGUAGAAAAAUAUCACACAAACUUUCAAAUAUGAAUGAUUUAUUUACAGUACUAGACAAAGUGAAAGAAUUAGUCAGUGCAAAAGAAAAUUCAUUAAAAAGCCAGUUCCUUCUUAUACAGGACAUUUUAAAUGACAUGUGCAGUUCUGUAGAUGAAGAAAAACAGAAACAAAUUCAAAUCUUAAGUGAGCAAGUUAAGUUGCUAUGUAGCUGUGAGGAAAACUAUAGGUUUAAUCCUCACUUUUCUGUAUUUUGUUGUAUCCUGCAUUCUAUCUUCCCUCAUGCCUAUAAAUUUUUGAGGUCAUCUGGCAAUCUUAUUCUUCCUCAUCCAAGAACUUUACAGAAAAUAUGUUCCUCAUAUACUAAUGGUCCUCAUAAUGAACCAAAUGCAGGUGCUAUGCUCCUGUAUAUUAAGGAAAGAUUUAAAUCUUUGCAGGAAAGUGAUUGUACCAUUUCUUUAAUGAUGGAUGAAAUUCAUAUUAAACCUUAUUUUGAUUACAAGGGAGGAAACAUUGUGGGGGCAGCAUUUGAUAGUGACAAGGCUGCUACUACAGCAUAUGUAUUUAUGAUACAAUCAUUGCUGUCUUCUUUUAAAGAAGUGGUGCAUGUCCUUCCAGUGAGAAACCUUGUAGCUGAACAGUUAUUUUUGUAUGUGAAGAAAAUAUUAUGUGGCCUUUAUUACAUUGGUUUCAAAGUUAUUUGUGUAGUUAGUGACAACAAUGCUAUAAAUAGGAAAUCUAUGGCACUUUGUAGCUCACCUCCAAAACUCAGUAUAGUUUACCCACAUCCAACUAAGCCACUAUUUGUUAUAAUUGAUUCUGUCCACAUCCUUAAGUGUAUAUGUAAUAAUUGGGUUAAUCAAAAGCACUCUCAAGUUUUGCUCAAAUAUCUACAAUUUGAUGGAAGCAGUGAUGAUUGUCAGGUGUUAAUGGCAUCUUUUGAAGCAUUGAGGCAGCUUCAUAAGAUUGAAUGUAAUGGUCUACUUAAGCACUCUUAUGGUCUUUAUUUGAAGUCUCUUUAUCCAUAUUCACUUGAGAAACAGAAUGUGAGCCUUGUUUUGCAGGUAUUCAAUGAAUAUACAGCUGAAGCCGUUUCAACUGUAGGAGAACAGAAAAACUUGUUACAUUACCAUACCACUGCAGAAUUUAUUAAAAUUAUACUUACAUGGUGGAAAAUUGUAAAUGUUAAGACAGUUCACAAAGGUGUUCGACUAAAUGAUCUCUUCCAGUGCCCUCUGUCUUUAAGUAAUAAUGAUGAAAAAUUAGUUUUUUUGGAAAAGUUUCUUGUGUGGCUCGAUAAGUGGAAGGACUUACGCCUGAAAAAUAAUACCCUUUCAGAAGAUACACAUACAGCUCUGACACACACAACCUAUGGUUUGAUUGAGAUGGCAAGGUACUGUACUAAAGAGCUCGGUUUCACUUAUUUUUUGCCUGGAAAAAUUCAAACUGAUUCUCUGGAAGCAAGGUUUAGCAGUUACCGAUCAAUGGCUGGCUCUCAGUAUCUCAUAUCUGUGAGACAGAUUUUUGAAGUGGAAGCGAAGAUGAGGAUGCAGAACAUGUUACCACUCAUGUUGAAUUCAAGUACUUUUGCUAAACUGCCUGUUGCAGAAGGGUUCAUCUUUAAUUGUAAUGAUGACACAAAAGAGACUAUACAAACAGACUCUGAGUUUAUGGUUGACAUUAUGUAUUUGGAGGAAGAUUUCAGGCAGGCAGAAACAUACAUUCCAAUAUUAACAUAUUUAGCAGGGUAUUGUGUUCGCAAUGUACUGAAGAAACAGCAGUGUGAGGUGUGCAGCAAAUACCUUCUCUUAGACAAAGAAAUGUGUCUGCAUGGUGAACAACAUCUUAGUUUAAUCAAAAAUUUGGACAGGGGUGGUCUGUUUUUCCCUCAGCCUGAUGUUGUGAAUGAUGUUAUUUACAAUUACAUUACUGUACAGAAAUUAAUAUCUGCCCCUAAUGAAAAAAAUUUUUGUCAUCCAACAGUCAAAGGGUGCUUGUUCAAAAUGUAACCAUAAAUGCUGUUCAGAAGAAAAGUUUCUUCUUAACAGACUUUAUUUGCAGUAAUGGUAAUUCUGCAGAUAAAAUACUGAAGUUGUUAGUCAAAGCAUCCACCAACGCAUUGUUAAAUAAUUACAUUAAGAAAAAGAAUGACACCUUUACUGCUUCUUUUAAGAAACGGAAGCUUAGCACAUUUUAAUUUGUGUACAGUUUACAUGUUAGGACAUUUAUCAGGUGUCACAGGAAAUUUCUGUUAUGUCUUACACAUUCAGUUACACUGUAUUUGAUCCACUGAAAGCAGAGGCAGGUUCCAUAAUCCAUAUUGGUGUAGUACCUUCAACUGAAUGCACACUAACAAUCAUUUGGUCCAUAUAGCCUGUAAGUUUUGGAUAAUUUGCUUCCAACAGUUUCAAAUGUCAGAAGGUCACAACUGUUCCCAUGCAGACUAUUCAGCUGAAGUAAAUACUUUGUCCAGCACUAAUGGCUAGUUUCAAUCUCAUCAUUGUAAAAUUUUAUCAGUUUGUGUACACAUCCAUCUGUGCACCUGAUACUGGCCUAAGGUUGAAACUGGGCCAGUUUUUCCUAGUAAAGUUUUUAUGUCUUUCAGCUAUUCUGUGCAGAAAUAUUUACAUCUUCCUUUCAAUUUGUUGAGCAUGUGCUGCCCAACAAGAAGAAAUCUGUUAAAGUAAUUCUGUAUUAAACCUCAUGUAAUUCAUUAUAACUAUGUAUGUAAUUAGAGGCUAUUAUUUUGGCAUGCAGGCAUAUAAAACUUAAAGUAGAAUAUUACAAUACUACAAAAGGGAAAGCCAAAAAUGGAUUUCUUCCAUUUCCCUGAAUCAGAAUGACACCAGGGUGUUUCCUAAUGUAGUUACUUCUCAUAACAGCUGUUCAUCUAAAUUUUGAUACAAGCUGUCAGUAUUGUUGCAUAUGGGUAACAAUUAGUUAUUGCUUUGCAUAUAUUAUUUUACUGAGACAUAGUUACAUUCUAGUAGUUGCUUAUUCCACUCACAGUUUGGAAUAGUUUAAUAUCAGACACAGUAGUUGGUCUCCAUUCCCAAACUUGCAUCUCAUCCAGACUGUGACCCUUAAUUUGUUACUAAUCUUAUUGCGUUCCCCCCCCCCCCCCCUUAUGAAACCCCUUGGUAGCGUGACGCUGUGUGUCAGGCUUGGACCGCACAUGUGUUUAAUAUGCUAGAAAAUUUCAUAACAGCACACACUUUGGUACUGACAAGGGAACCUCGCCAUCGCACUCCCCUCAGUUUUAGUUAUAAGUUGGCACAGUGGAUAGGCCCUGAAAAACUGAGCAUAUAUCAAUCGAGAAAACAGGAAGAAGUUGUAUGGAACUAUGAAAAAAAUAAGCAAAAUAUACAAACUGAGUAGUCCAUGCGCAAGAUAGGCAACAUCAAAGAUAGUGUGAGGUCAGGAGUGCCGUGGUCCCGUGGUUAGCAUGAGCAGCUGCGGAAUGAGGGGUCCUUGGUUCAAGUCUUCCCUCGAAUGAGGGAAGACAUAAGCAACUCAUUUCUCCAAAAUUCCAGGACAUAUUCAUAUUUGCUUGGACAUACGCAGGAUUUUAACGGUCUACACACGGAAAAAUUUGAGAACGUUAAAAACAUGUUUUGACAGAGCACAGGGAAAACUGUGCGGCUGUGAAACUGUUGUAUUCAUUUGUUGCAGUUUAUGUGACAAACUCUUUAUGUUUUCAUCACUUUUUUCGGAGUGAUUAUCACAUCCACAAGAAACCCUUAAUCGGGCAAGGUAGAAGAAUCUUUUUACCCAUUCGCCAAGUGUACAAGUUAGGUAGGUCGGCAACAUAUUCCUGUCAUGUGAUGCACAAGCCGUCACCAGUGUCAUAUAUAAUAUAUCAGACGUUUUUUCCUGUGGAGGAAUCGGUUGACCUAUGACCUUGCGAUCAAAUGUUUUCGGAUCCCAUCGGAGAGGCACGUUCUUUCGUCUACUAAUCGCACUGUUUUGUGGUGCAGUCGCAAAACACAGACACUAAACUUAUUACAGUGAACAGAGACGUCAAUGAAUGAACGGACAGAUCAUAACUUUGUGAAAAUAAAGAAAGUAAACUUUUCAGUCGAGGGAAGACUUGAACCGAGGACCUUUCGUUCCGCAGCUGCUCACGCUAACCAUGGGACCACUGCGCACCUGAGCUCACAUUGUCCUUGAUGUUGCCUAUCAUGCGCAUGGACUACUCAGUUUGUAUAUUUGCUUAUUUUUUUCAUAGUUCCACACAACUUCUUCCUGUUUUCUCGAUUGAUCUGUGUUCAGUUUUUCAAGGCCUAUCCACUGUGCCAGCUUAUAACUAAAUCUGAGGGGGGUGCGAUGGGGAGGUUCCCUUGUGAGUGAAAAGUGUGUUCUUGAACUGUUUCUGCCAGUAGCUGUAGAAUCUUGUGUUACAGAAAAUCACUUCACAGCAUUAAAAUACAGCUUCGGUGUUCCAUACAGUCAGUUUAAUUGAAACAGUUUAUUCUAAAAGGAAUAAUGUGAAAGGUGGUGUUUAUAUAGUAAUUAAGGAAAAGUUCUUCCCACCUAUAUAGAGGGAGAGUAUCCUUACAAACAUUAAGGAGUGUCAUGUUGCUGCAUUUUAUUUGAAUGUGUAGGACAUUAUAUCCUACACCAUUCAGUUUAAUUUGGAAUCAGUGUAAAAUUGUUACAGUUUUGAUUUAUGUUGUACAUCUUUAGUUAUCCCAGAGUUAGUUCCUCUGAUUUAUUUUGUUUACACCUAAGUUCAUUACAAGGAAAUUGGCCUACUUCUAGCUUAUGGCAGGGUUUUCAACAAAUGUUGCAUAGCUGUGCAGUAACAAUAUAAAAGAAUUCUUUCAGUUGUGGAUCAGGUAUUCAACUGUAAUGUGAGGUUGGUCUGAUAUGUUGUCAUACUCAGUAUUACCAUUACUUAUUAGUUUCCAACGACUAGCUACAUUUUCACUUCGUUGAAUGUUCUUCAGUAGUGCCUCAUCCCAGUACACCUUUAUAUCAUGGUGCAUACAUUCCAACAAAUGUUUGUUGCUCUAUUAAUCUGUCUGAGUUAAUACUUUCGUCAGCAACAUAAGUCAUUGUUAGUCACAAUUAUUAAAUUUGAUAGACAGUAAGACUGGUAAUGUAACCUGUUAUACGCAUCUGACAUGUUUUGCAACUGUCAUUUUUCACAAAAUACAAAAUAUCAAAUGUGUACAACUAAUCAAUCAUUCUGAAAGAAGAAAAGGCUUGCUGCCUUUUAAGAUGGAAAUAGUGAUCUAUUUCUGUAAUGGAACCAUGUUGUGCCCUGGAUUUUGUAACAGUAUUUUCAGGAAGUAGAUGUACAUAUGACUGACUUAAAUAAAUUAUAGUUCAUUA